UACUAGAACGUCCUUGGGGAGGGUGCAUAUCCGCGCCAUGCCUCCCUGCGUAGUUUGUAGCGGCCCGAAAGGCAAGGAUGUGACCCUUUUUACGUUCCCUAAGGAUGACAAUAGACUUCAUCAGUGGCUUGUGGCGGUGAGGACACACCUAAAACCACCGUGGACGGUAGAAAAAAUUCGAGAGUUGCGUGAAAGUGGUUCAAAAGCUGCAGGUGCACGCAUCUGUUCGGACCAUUUCUCCCCGACCUGCUGUAAAGAAAAUCUCAAGACGAGAUUUCAACCCUAUGUAAAAGGAGCCAAAUUCGUCCUUACGAAGGAUGCCGUGCCAACCCUGUUUGGCGAAGAGACGUCACGCAAGUCGUCUGAAAGUCAACGUGAUAAGAGGAGCAGAAAAAAGCUCAUUGAGUCAUUGCUGGAGUCAACAAGUCAGCAAAAAGUUACAACAAGCAGCGCAGGGAGUCCACACAGCAUUUUAAGUGCAGCAGCACAAGGUACAAGCCAGUCGGGCACAGCAGCACAAGGGAUGAGCCAGUUAGGUGCAGCGGCACAAUUACUAGUAAUGAGCCAGUUUGUCGCAGCAGCAAGUAACAUGAACACAACCAGACAUGAGGUGAGCGACAUGGACACAACACUUGAGUUGAGCGACAUGGACACGACACAUGAGGUGCCGCAACGUGUCAAAUUUGUUGAUGCUGGUACACAAACAGACGAUGAAUCUGUUCCCUCAACACCAACCCCCCAAAACGUCUGCUCAACACCAACUCCCCAAAACGUCUGCUCGGUACCAACCCCCCAAAAUGUCUGCUCAACACCAAACACAGAAAAUGUCUGCUCAACACCAACCCCCCAAAAUGUCUGCUCAACACCAACUCCCCAAAAUGUCUGCUCAACACCAACCCCCCAAAAUGUCUGCUCAACAUCAAACGCAGAAAAUGUCUGCUCAACAUCAAACUCCAAAAAUGUCUGUUCAACACCAAAGUUCAGAAAUGUCUGUUCAACACCAAAGUUUGAAAAUGUCUGUUCGACACCAAUCCAAGCCUGCUCAACACCAAACCAAACAAAUGAUGCCCAUGACAAAUCAUUCAUGUCCGGCUCUUCAGUGCCAACUUGGGUGGAUGAAAAGGACAUAUCCUUCCACUUGUCAGACUUGGAUUCUGAUAGUGAGGAUGGCAACCACAGUGGAGAGGACAAUGGCAGUCACAAGGGUGAAGAGGAUGGCAACCGUAACAUCAAGGCCAAAUACUUUAUAACGCACAAAGACUCCAUCCUCCAACUAUUCCAGGACAAAGUCUGUGCAGAGUGUAACAAACGAGUUACCAUAACAGACAAGUUUACAGUGGGCUCCAUGCUAACAGUGAAAUACGAGUGUCCGGACUUCCAUAGUGGUGUGUGGCGCUCGCAGCCAAGAGUUAAGAUGAUGGGUGAAGGUAACUUACUCAUUCCUGGUGCUAUCUUGUUCUCAGGCGGAACAUACCAGAAAUUUUCUGACUUCUGCGAAACACUACAUCUUCAGAACUUCUCAGAAACACACUUCAACAAAGUUCAAAGAACAUUUCUCCUUCCAGCAAUAGACCACUACUAUAACUCCUCUCAAGAACAAAUAAUCGACUACUUCAGAAACACAGAUGACCUGAUGCCCCAGGAUAGGGAAAGGAUCACCCUGCUGGGAGAUGGUCGCUGCGAUUCACCUGGACACAAUGCAAAGUACUGUACAUAUUCUUUUAUGGAAGAGUCAUCGAAAUACAUCUUGCACUUUGAGAUGAUACAGGUAACGGAGACUGGCAGCUCGCAAUCGAUGGAGACUGAGGGUUUCAGAAGGGGACUGAAUUUCUUACUGGACGAGGGUAUAGAUGUAGACUGCGUAGUGACAGAUAGGCACAGAGGUGUGGGUAAGGUGCUGAAGGAACGAAAGUACAUGAUUGAUAGAACGAUAAGUCAUCAAUAUGACCUGUUUCAUGUUUCAAAAUCAAUCACAAAGAAGAUCUCAGCUGAAGCAAAGAAGAAGAAGAACAGGGAUCUGCAAGGGUGGACCAAAAGCAUUUCGAACCAUCUCUGGUGGUGUGCCAGCACAUGUGGUGGAGAUGAUGUGGAGUUGAUGGAGAAGUGGGAGUCGCUGCCGAAUCACAUAGGGAACAUCCACCUGUUUCCUGACAAUGUCAAGUUCAAGAAGUGCGAACACCCUCACUUGACCGACCGAGAAUGGCUGAAGCCUGGAACAGAGCCACACAAGGCCCUCCGUUCUGUAGUGACUGCUCCCACCCUCCUCAGGGAUAUUCCAAAGUUGACUGGGUUUCACCACACUGGAGAUCUGGAGGUGUUCCACAAUAUGCUGCUCAAAUACACUCCAAAGCGCCUGCACUUCUGGUACAUGUCUAUGAUGGGAAGGAUGAAGCUAGCAGUGCUGGAUCACAACUACAAUGUGGACAGAGAACAGGCAACAACAAAGGAAGGAGAAAAGAGGUGGGAUACAUCGUGGAGAAAGAGAACAAAGGCAUGGACGGCACGACGUGUGUAUGAAGGUAAAACAUAUGAGUACAAAGACGACUUGAUGGCGGAGGUGGUGAGACGACAGCUGGAGGGGGAACACAGGUGUGGGGAUUCAGUCCUGGAGCACCCUGACCUCGGGGCCAGCAACAUCGCCACCGUGCCGCUGGAAAUGAGCAAGGCAGAGCUGGUGCGAGCCCAUCAAUCCCGUUUUGAUCGGUGAUUUGAAUACUCACAUGCAGACUCACACACGAAAGAAAGUCCAGACAUUUCAGCCAAGUAAUUAUCUCAAUACUUAAAUUCAGGCUCACACAGAAAGUAAACCAUACUUUUGUGAACUGUAGAAGACAGCUUGCUCAGCAAAAUUAUCCAGGAAAUAAUGGAAGCAGACUCCUGAGGAUAUGUUCAGAUGGUCUUCGUUGUCAAAGAAGUAUUUAUUUCAUGACAUCUACUAUUAGACAAGUGCAAGAAAGUGUUUGUGCUCAUUAAAAGCAAGUAAAGUUUACUAUAUCAGAAUACUACAGAUGAGUUUUUUGGGUACUAACCAGCAGUUUAAACAGUACAUGUUAGAUUUGAUACAAACCUACAUGAGAUAUACUUGUAUAGAGCUCUACAUGUACAUCACUAUCUGUUAUCAUUUGCAGGGUUAACAGUAACAGUAUCAAAGCUUGGUGCAGGUGUACUGGAUAUUCAUAGUUGAUCUUUGUCUAUUGUAUUACACAUGUUAUAGACACUGAAGCAAUCAGUUCU